AUGUCUGACGAUAAAUUAGCAUUUCAAUUAGAUGUCAUUGAAUACGAUUGGUUAAUACUAGGCACUGGAUAUGAAGAAACCCUUUACAGUGCUCACCUCAGUAAAGUAUCAAAAUAAUAAGUAAUCCUAUAAUAUUAACACUAAAGAAUCUGGUCCUUGAUUUAGGUAAUACCUAUUCAAGCAACAUAAGAACAAUGAAUUUUAAAGAAUUCCAUAAAUUAGAUUCAGAAUUACCAACAGAAGAACAAUAUCCAUAUCUUCAUAAGAGACCAGUCUUUAAAAUACUUGAAGUAGAUGAAAAGCAAGAUAAAAUCAAUAAUUAUUUUGCUAAUAAAAUCAAUUUAGGAUAAGAAUUCAAACAUUUUAAUAUCGAUAUGCAACCAAAAUUGCUAUUUAGUAAUAGUCCUGCUGUUUCUAUAAUGUAAUAAGCAGAUUUAGAUUAAUAUAUGGAUUUUAAGGCUGUUGAAUCUCAAUUCUUUUUUGACUAAACUACAAAGACAUUUAAAUUAACACCAACCUCUAAAAGUGAUAUUUUUAAAUGUUAAUUCUUAAGCUUAAGUGAAAAAAAAUAAUUUUUUCAAGUAAUCUAAUUAAUUAUUAUAUAGCUUUUACAUACUUUAGUGAAAAUAUUUCAUAAAGUAAUCAAUUAUUAAGUUGAUCAAAAUUCAACAUAAGAAUUUGAUCAAAAUACUACUCAAUUAGAUGAAGAUACAUAUUAAAAGUAUUUAGAAUUCAAGGAUCAAUAAGCAAUAAUUUUUUUGAAUGAAAUUACAUCCAAAUCACUCAACAAAGAUAAAAUUUAUUCUAUAUUAUUUUAUUCAAUUUGUUUCAUUACAUAGAGUUUUCAUAAUUAACAUAACCUUAUUACAACCCAAGAAUUUAUAACUAAGUUUGGUAAAUGCAUUAAAUCAAUGGGUAUUCAUAGUAAAUCCCCUUUUUUAUACACUAAUUAUGGAACUGGAGAUAUUCCAUAAGGAUUUUGUAGAAUAUCAGCUGUCCAUGGAUCAGUCUUUAUCACUUAAAGUUAAAUAAGAAUAUAUAAAAUAGAAAAAGAAGAGAAUCAAUAUUUAAUAUCAUCUAAUUUAUCAGAAAAUAAAUUAAAAAUCAAAUAAGGGAUAAUUAUGAAUAAAUAAAUUUAUGAUUCUUAUGUUUAAUUAAAUGAAAUUAAAACUGAUUAGAAUACAAAAUAACAAUAAAAUUAUGUAUUAAUGAGAUUGACUUUGGUUACAACUAAAGAUUAAAAUGUAUUAUGUGAAGAAGUGAGAUCGUUAAUACUUGAUUAAUUAAUUGAGGAUCAAAAUACUCAACAUUAAUUAGAUCCAAGCAUUUAUGUAAUCCCAUGUAAAUAAUUCAGCAGCAAUCCUAUUUAUAUAUUUAGAACAGAUAGCAAUAGCAAUAGUGCUUAUAAAGAUUAUGAAUUAUUUUAUGUUUGGACAUUGCUCGAUAAGUAAGAAGGAAAGGAGUUAAAGGAGACAUUGAAAUAAAUUAUAAUAGAUAUUGAUUCUAAAUAUAAUGAAGGUGAAUAGAAGAGCAUUAACUAUAUUUGUUAUGAGAAAGUGUUAUUAUAAGAAAUGACUAAAAAUGAAUAUAAGUUUUAACCAAAUGCUGAUGAAAAUAUGUAAAGAUUUUAAUUAUUUUUAGUUUUGUGACUACUGAAGAUAAUGAUGAUUUAGAUUUAGAUGCCUAAACUAAAGCAUUUAUGGGGAAUGUAUAGAAAGUGAAUAAAAAUUUUGAAGAAAACUAUUAUAUGAUUGAAAAGGUAGCUAAAUAAUAAUAAACAAUGGAGUAAGAAAUGGAUAAUUAGUAGUACAUAUUGAAUUAAUUAAUGAAUAUAAAACAAAAAGAAUGA